AUGGCCUCGAGCUCGGGCGUCGGCGGCGGAGGGGCGGACGGGGGCGUCGGGGAUGGAUCGAUGACGCUCGAUGAGCUGUACCACAUCAACGUCGUGCCGGCCGAGCUGCACUUCAAGUUCCGCAAGGAGCUCCAGGGCCUCCGCGUCGGCCUCAACUUCGAGUUCUACAAUCUAGAGGUGAAUGAUUUUGAGGCAAAGGUAGUUUUGAAGCUCCUGGACUUCGACCGGAAGUGGAAGUUCCAGUACAAGCCCAUCAGCGGUGACAUACAGCUGCUUUCCAAGAAGAUUCCAGUUACAAAGUACCUCAACCUUCAGGUUCAGGGUUUAGGCACUCGAUUUGUUUCAGACAUCCGUCAAGUGGCCGGGUUCUGUACUCCAGGUACCUGCGCGCAUGGUGGACGACCAACUGGUGCGGGUGAUAGAGGUCUAAGACGAUGCGGUGGAGCACGGAGGCGCAACGACUAA